GUCCAAAACGCUUACGCGUUUGGCGCGGACGCUACCGAUUGCUUCUGGAAUUGGCUUAUAGCUGCCCUGAGUAGAAGACUACUUGGGUUGAACGACCCCAGAUUACCAAGCGACAUUGACGAAGCUGUUGAACAAGGCGCGACGCGGAACGAUUUGGAAAACGCCUCUACAGAAG